CGCAGUCGACGAGCGCGUUAUACAUAAAUACAACACUACCGCAACGGGAGCGAGUGAAGUUUGUCUCAGGAUACGUUGCUCGUAUGAUGGCGCAACAUGUUGGCCGUUUGUUCACAGCACAGCCGGCAAUUCUUCUGUUGCUCGUUCACGCGCUUGUCGCACAGUUAACGAAUAACGCGUCGACGGCGACGUCCAGCGAGGUCGCCAAGGUGGUCGCUCGUGGCGACAACGGUCACGUCGACACGUCGUUCGCGACGCUCGACGCGCGGUUCGCGGUAAGUUCGGCACGCGUGAUAACAGCACCGGAACUGCUCGCGUUGUCAAUGCCUGUCAACAUUACCUCCGCCAACGACCACCACCACCUCUUCGUCGAGUUCCUUGGCACCGCGUUUAAUCGUCCCAACUUUACGCUGCGAUGGUCGCUACACCCGCGUGGCGAGUGUCCACGCCUUCCGGACAACACCCUGGACCUCGUGUGGACGUCGCAUGCGACCAACCGCGGGAUCUAUCAGUUUCGCAACAAGCCCGAGCCGAAUGUCGCCUUAAUCUACUUCUGCCUGAGAGACAACGAGCACGAGACGUGGACGAGCCUCGGCGAACACAUCUCAAUCAAAUUCCCGGUACGAUCAGAGGGAUAUCAUCGUUCACGACGGAACGACCCACUCACCCAACCUGAUGAUUCCGAGACUUCGCAAAACGAUACGGACAUGCAUAUCGAAGGUUUACGGGUGGAGAUGGCCGACAAGGAACCUAGUUACAAUGACGAAGGAAUUCCCGAAAUUUUGGUCGGCACCAAGGCGGUGAUUCGGUUGUUUGGCACCGGUAUCACAAAAGACACAUUGAUCACAUUUACCGACGUACCGGCGAAAAGAGGCACUGUUUGCGACAAAAUUAAGAGUAACGAGUUUCGUGUAGAGAAGGUAGAAGGAAGUACAGCAACUAUUAGCGUAAUACUUCCUCCGGGAUCACCGUUUUAUAUAUGUGCGAAAAAACCAACAUUCGAGAAAGACAGUCCAAAGGAAGACCUAGUCCUCUUCAAGCAUCAAGGUACUGCGCUAUACAAUACUAUUCGCACAUAUGAGAAAUUAUUACCGCUCUGGGUCACUAUUUUGAUCAUUCUCAUUUGUCUCAGUCUUUCUGCACUAUUUUCUGGUCUCAAUCUGGGUUUAAUGGCGAUGGAUAGGACUGAAUUGAAAAUACUCUGCAAUACUGGCACGGAAAAAGAGAAACAAUACGCGAGAACUAUCCAGCCGGUAAGAAAUCACGGGAAUUAUCUCUUGUGUUCAAUCUUGUUCUCCAAUGUUCUUGUCAAUUCGGUGUUUACGAUAUUAUUAGAUGAUCUGACAUCCGGAUUGGUCGCUGUUAUCUGCUCAACAUUAGCUAUCGUUAUUUUUGGCGAAAUUUCACCGCAGGCUAUUUGCAGCAGACACGGAUUGUGCGUCGGCGCAAAAACUAUCUUUUUGACUAAAUUGACAAUGUUAGUGACUUUUCCGUUAAGUUAUCCAAUCAGUAAGAUUCUAGAUGUUAUUCUCGGUGAAGAGAUAGGAAAUGUGUACAAUCGAGAAAGAUUGAAAGAGUUGGUCAAGGUAACGACUGAAUACAACGAUUUAGAGAAAGAUGAAGUAAAUAUAAUUGCAGGAGCGUUAGAACUGCGGAAGAAGACCGUAGCAGAUGUAAUGACCAGAAUCGAAGAUGUAUAUAUGUUGAACUAUAAUGCUGUUCUAGACUUUGAAACUGUGUCUGAAAUUAUGAAAUCAGGUUUCUCCCGUAUACCGGUGUACGAAAAUGUGAGAACAAAUAUAGUGACGAUGCUAUAUAUCAAAGAUCUCGCAUUCGUCGAUCCCGAUGAUAAUAUGCCGCUCAAGACACUUUGCCAGUUUUAUCAAAAUCCAUGUAAUUUUAUCUUUGAGGAUGUUAGAUUGGAUAUAAUGUUUAAGCAAUUCAAAGAAGGUCACAAGGGUCACAUGGCUUUUGUACAAAGAGUUAACAACGAAGGUGAAGGUGAUCCGUUUUACGAGGUGAUUGGUUUGGUUACAUUGGAAGAUGUUAUCGAAGAGUUAAUUCAGGCUGAGAUUAUUGAUGAGACAGAUGUAUUUAUGGAUAACAGGAGUAAACGUAAGCGACAGGUUCGUCCGAAAAUGCCGAAGGACUUUACGAUAUUCGCGGAGAAAAAGGAGAACCAACGGAUUCACAUCUCCCCACAGUUGACCUUGGCGAUGUACCAAUACUUGUCCACAACUGUGGACACGUUUAAGCCAGACGUCAUAUCGGAGACAAUUUUGCGACGCUUACUGAAACAGGAUAUUAUUUAUCAUAUUAAAGUAAAGUCGCGCGAGAAAGCUAAAACGGAUCCAGCUGCGAUAAUCUAUCAGCAAGGAAAAGCUGUCGACUACUUCGUGUUGAUUCUAGAAGGUCGCGUCGAGGUGACAGUGGGCAAAGAGAACAUGAUGUUCGAGAGCGGCCCGUUCACAUAUUUCGGAUCUCAAGCACUCACCGCUAACAUCGGAAUUGCCGAGUCACCUACAAAUGCAAAUCCGCAAACGGUAGGGAGCAUUCAGUCCGUUAAUUUGGAUUCCAUGUUGCGCCACACUUUCAUACCGGACUACACUGUGCGCGCGGUCACCGAAGUAUUCUACGUGAAGGUCAAGCGAUCUUUGUAUCUUGCGGCAAAGCGCGCCACACUACUGGAGAAAAGCCAAAAGGAUCCGUUGCCUAGUCAGGAACAGUUCGACGACGAGGUGGAGAAGUUGUUACAUUCACUGGAGGAGGACGAUCGUAGUGUACCUGAAUCGCCGAUAUUACCCUCGGAUAAGUCGGCGGAAAAUGAGAAGACAAAGGACCUUAUCCAUUCGCCUAUACGCAGCGUAACGGCACCGACGUCGCCGCUUCCAGCUAGCGCCAGCCCGGUUAUCAAUUCGAAGUCCAUUUCACCGCGGAACGAUGGAAAAGCGAAGAGUUUGUCAACGAAGGUACAAACGAGUCCGGUGGAUAUUCAGAACAAACUUGACCUAGACUCGGAGACUUUUGCCCGACAUUCAGAGGCAGCGCGAAUGUUGUCCGUCAAGAAGACGAGUGAGGACGAGGAGAGAACAAAUCUCUUGCCUACUAAGCAAGAUCGUUCUUAACACAUGCAGAAUGGCCGACGAUACUCGGUGCUCUCGUCGGCGAAACCUACACUGAAAGCAACAUCGAGCAACACAGAGCGGAACAUGCUGGCAUGACAUAUUUUGCUACUGUGGCACUAGGUAGUACUUGACGAAUUAUUUUAGAUAUUUAUCGCGCGGUGAAGAUUGCACGUGAAAACCAUCGAUAUUUCGUAUUCUUAACGAUUAUUGGCUUAGAGGCUGUACCCGAUCUCAGCUUGUCUUUUUUUUCUUGCAAAGUCGCUUAAAUAUCUCAAAAAAGUAUAUUGAAAAUUAUCUCUUUUGUAGUUUAUACAAAGAUUGACCAAUUCUAUUGGGUUGUUCGAGCAGAUUCGAAAGGUUCGAAAGAACUUUUCCGGAAAAUUCAAGGCCAGCGGUACUUUCAUAGCAAAUAUAAUUUAAUCUUUUUUUUUUUUCAUUUUUAUGAUUUUAUGAUUUGGUAUAAAAAACAUCAGUAUAUCAGUACAUCUUUAAAUCGUUAAAUAAAGUUAUGCCCAACAAUUAAAGUAGCGGUCUUGAAUCCUUCGCAGGAAUUCUU